AUGAAAAGAAAGCAAACUUCAAGUAAAAUUAAUUCUGUCGUCUGUGAGUCUAAGAAACGUCGCAAAACGACCGCAAAAGCAAAUCGAUGGACAGGAAAUGAAGUUUUGUUCUCUUUUUCUGUUCUCAUGGAACAGCUUCAAGCUUUUCAUCGUGAAAUGAAAUCUUUGUGUGACACUUCGACGCCUCCCGGCACAUUAUUUCGAUUAUUCUCAUUGCCAUUGCCGGUUGUGAGAAGAAAAGCAAAUCUUGACGUUAUUAAAAUUGAUUGGUUUCAUACACUGACGUCGUUGAGCUAUGGCAGACUAAGGAAGUCUUUGGGUUAUCGCAGCACGCAAAGGAUUUGGGAUUUUCGUAAUGAAAAUAAUUGA